GGUGCUCGCUCCAGCGAGGCAGUUCGGCUAGUUCUGUCUGGCGGCCAUCCCGGAAGUGGAUGAAGGCGGUUGUGGUCAGUGUAGGCUCCCUCCUGGGCCGCGGUAGGUACGGGUGCCACAGACGACAUGGCUGACACGGACCCGCGCUAUCCCUGCUCCUCCAUCGAGGAUGACUUCAACUAUGGCAGCUGCGUGGCGUCGGCCAGCGUGCACAUCCGCAUGGCCUUUCUCAGAAAAGUCUACAGCAUCCUGUCUCUGCAAGUUCUCCUCACUACACUGACCUCUGCCCUGUUCCUGUAUUUCGAGUCUCUGCGCACAUUUGUCCAUGAAAGCCCGGCCUUAAUUUUGGUGUUUGCUCUGGGAUCUCUGGGUUUGAUUUUCGCAUUGACUUUGCACAGACAUACACACCCUCUGAACCUCUACCUGCUUUUUGCAUUCACACUGUUGGAAGCUCUGACCGUGGCCGUUGUCGUUACUUUCUAUGAUGUGUAUCUGGUUCUGCAAGCUUUUAUACUGACUACAGCAGUCUUUCUUGGCUUGACUGCCUACACUCUGCAGUCAAAGAGAGAUUUCAGCAAGUUUGGAGCAGGGUUGUUUGCAGUUCUGUGGAUUUUGUGCUUAGCAGGGUUCUUGAGGGUGUUUUUCUAUAGUGAAACAGUGGAGCUGGCCGUGGCUUCUCUAGGCGCCCUUCUUUUCUGUGGAUUCAUCAUCUAUGACACACACUCGCUGAUGCACAAACUCUCGCCUGAAGAGUACGUGUUAGCUGCCAUCAGUCUCUACUUGGAUAUCAUCAAUCUGUUCCUGCACCUGCUAAGGGUUCUGGAAGCAGUUAAUAAAAAGUAAUUGAACAGUAUUCAAAGACUGUUUUAUUAUGUAAAAAGACUUAUACU